CAUAUCAUACUAAAACAUACUGGGGCAAACGCAACUCACUUUCAAAAAAUGGCAGUUUCACCCCUCAGACUCCGGCGGCAACUCGCUGUUCAUCUUCUCCGGCCACUUUACGGUCACCGGCUCUCCACUCUCAGCCAUGCUUGUAAAGACGAUAAUGAUGACGGAACAAACCCUAGCUUCAUACACCCUACGUCUGUCGUUCAUCCUGAUGCUAUUAUAGGUCAGGGUGUUUCUAUUGGCCCCUUUUGUACUGUGGGAUCUUCAGUAAUGUUGGGUAACCAUUGCAAACUACAUCCUGGAAGUCACGUUUUUGGAAACACAAAAUUGGGAGAUAAAUGCAUCUUGAUGAGUGGGGCGGUUGUUGGAGAUAACAUUCCCGGGAAAACAAUCAUUGGUUGCAACAACGUUAUUGGUCACCAUGCUGUGGUUGGUAUCAAAUGCCAGGACAUGAAGUAUAAGUCAGGUAACGAAUGCUUUCUUCAAGUUGGUGAUAACAACGAGAUUAGAGAACAUGUUUCUAUCCAUCGAUCUUCAAAACCUUGUGACAGAACAGUUAUUGGUGAUAACAAUCUUAUUAUGGGAUCUUGUCAUAUAGCCCAUGAUUGCAAAGUGGGUAGCAACAAUAUUUUUGCAAACAACACCCUUUUAGCAGGCCAUGUAUUGGUGGAGGACCAUGCGCACACUGCUGGGGCCAUUGUUGUUCAUCAGUUCUGCAAUAUUGGUUCUUUCUGUUUCAUUGGUGGGGGUUCAGUGGUUUCACAAGAUGUCCCGAAGUACACAAUGGUGGCUGGAGAUAGAGCAGAGCUACGCGGUUUGAAUCUAGAAGGUCUUCGAAGAAGUGGGUUCUCGGUUAGUGAGAUUAGGAGCCUGAGAGCUGCUUACAGGAAGAUAUUCAUGCCUACUAAUGCAAGCCUUGGGGGUAUUGAAGACCGUCUUGCUGAUGUGGAAUGUCAUAAAGACUUGUCACUUGUUCCUGCUGUGCUUUCCUUUGUGCAAUCCAUACGUGAAUCUCUUAAAGAAGGUCGACGUGGAAUAUGCAAAUUCAGAUCUUGGAGUUUUUCUUGAUUGUAUAUGUGUUAGUAUCUCUGUAAUCUUGUGUUAAGAUAUCUGUGAAUAUGUACUUAGAGGUUGUUUGGUAUCGUGAUUAUAUGGUAUGAGAUGUUAGCUGUAACCAAACUGGUUGCCGAUGAUAGUGUUUGGAUAUGCUUUUGCGGUUUGAAGCUGUGAUAAUGAGAUGAUCAAUGAUUUUCAGUGUUUAGAAAA